CCUCCCUAGGCAUUUUUUUCCCCUUUUCCUUUUUUUUUUUUGGCAAGACUGCAUAACUCAGCUGAAGGACUCGGAGCAGUCGGAGAAACUUCAGAGGAAAGAUAAAACGAAGUUUUGGAGGGGAGUCCCAGCAAGUUCUGGGCGCCGUUUGGCGAAAGCCCUUUCUGCUAAGUUAAGGGUACUGCAUGAAACAGAACUGACAGCCAUGAUGCCUGCUUUCUUUCGGAAGAUGCUGGUCUUCUUGGUCCUCUUCCUCACAAGUGCGAAAGAAAUCAGCUCCCUGGAAAUUACUCCCAGUGCCCACGAAGUUGUCCUCAAUCUCUACACUGAUUUUACCGUGAAAUGUUCAGGCCACAAGGAGGUUAUCUGGAAAACAGACAACAAGCAUACCAAAUUAGACACUGUCCUGGAGAAAAGGGGCACCAUUUUUACCAAUACCCUUACGUUAAGGAACUUGACUGGUUUGAACACAGGUGAAUAUUCCUGUUCCGACGAUCAACACCUGGAUGGAAAGGCCAUCUACGUUUUUGUACCAGAUCUCUCCAUGCCUUUCCUACCAAACAACCAGGAAGACACCUUUGUGUUCAGCACAGGCUACAGUGAAGUCAUUAUUCCUUGCCGUGUGACAAACCCCAAUGCCACGGUCUCUCUUCAUGAAAAGAGGGUUAAUGAUCCAGCCCCUGGAGUGUAUUUUCCACAGCAAGGCUUUAAAGGGCAGUUUGAAGACAAGGCCUACAUCUGCAAGGCAACAAUAGAAGAUGAAGAGUUUGAGUCUGAAACAUUCUAUGUUUACAAUCUCCAAGUUCCUCCUCCUACAUCCUUCAUCAAUGUUUCUAUCAGUGCGUUGCAAACUAUUUUGAAACAAGGUGAAAAUAUCGUUGUGACAUGUACAGUAAGAGGCGUUGAGCUGAUCGGUUAUAUCUGGAGUUAUCCUGGACAGACGGUAGGCAAGGAGGUAAAACCCGUGACACAUAUUGCUCCAGGAGUCAAACAUUAUACUAGUUCCGUCCUAACCAUUCCAAAUGCAGAAUUGGAUGAUCAAGGUCUAUAUGCAUGUGAGGCCACGGACACGUAUUUUGGACAAAAAGAAGAAAAAAAUAUCUUUAUCAGAGUGAUUGAGCGUGGCUUUGUGACUUUUCACACUGUUCUGAAUGAGACCGUAUUUGCAGAACUGCACAAAAGUCACACCUUUUUGAUACAGAUUGAAGCCUAUCCAACUCCAACCAUUGUCUGGUUUCAGAAUAACAAGACCCUGAAUUCUGAGAGCAACAGUGAUUUUGCUAUCAACAGCAGGAAUUUGUCAGAAACCAGGUAUCAAACUACUCUGACCCUCGUAAGGGUGAAAGCAAGUGAAGGAGGUUUGUACACUGUCCGAGCAUUUCACGAAGAUGACUUCAAAGAGCUCUCCUUUUAUUUGCAGAUUAAUGUCCCAGCUACAGUGAUUGAACUGAGAGACAGUAGCAACAAAACAAAUGGUGAGCAAACAGUGAUUUGUACUACAGAAGGAAUGCCCCAACCAAAGGUUACCUGGUAUACCUGUAAUAAUGACAAAUGGUGUGUGGGGAAAACUACUAUGAUCCUGGGAAACACCUCAGAAGAAAUGAAUCUGCAAACAAAUUUCACUUAUGAAGAUGACCGAAAAGUAUACAUUGUGACAAGCAAGCUCCAUUUCCACAGAGUAGAUGAACCUAUCUUUAUCCAAUGUGCAGCUCAAAAUCUCCUUGGUGCACACACUCAGCAAAUCACCCUGGUUCCAUAUAAUCCACCUUUUAAAGUGAUCGUUAUUUCAGUAAUCGUGGCUUUUGUGAUUCUCAUGGUUCUUUUCCUGGUGAUCCUCAUUUUCUUGUGGCGAAAAAAGCCUCGAUAUGAAAUUCGCUGGAAGGUGAUUGAGUCCGUCAGCUCCGAUGGGCAUGAAUAUAUCUACGUGGACCCUAUGCAGUUGCCUUACGAUUCCAGCUGGGAAGUCCCAAGGGACAGGCUGGUUUUAGGGCGUACGUUGGGCUCUGGAGCCUUUGGCCGUGUGGUGGAAGCAAUUGCUCACAGCCUCAGCCAUUCCCAGUCCACCAUGAGAGUUGCUGUGAAAAUGCUCAAGUCCACAGCCCGAAGCAGUGAAAAGCAGGCUCUGAUGUCAGAACUGAAGAUCAUGAGCCACCUUGGGCCUCACUUGAACAUUGUCAACUUGCUUGGUGCUUGCACCAAAGGAGGUCCCAUCUACAUCAUAACCGAAUAUUGUCGCAAUGGAGACCUGGUGGACUAUCUUCACAGGAACAAACACACCUUCCUGCAGUGCUACAGUGAGAAGACCAAACAAGAAGCAGAAUUAUAUGGGAAUGGCAUGCGUCUGGACCGGCUGCAAAGCCAUGCAUCCGGAUCAAUAGAAAGCGAUGGGGGCUACAUGGACAUGAGUAAGGAUGAAUCACUGGAUUAUGUGCCCAUGUCUGACAUGAAGGGUGAAAUCAAGUAUGUAGACAUUGAUUCUUCCAAUUAUGGCGCGACCUAUGAGCUGGACAGCUAUUCGCCUUCAGCUUCAGAAAAAGUGACCUUGAUCAGCGAGUCUCCCCUCCUCAGCUAUAUCGAUCUUCUUGGAGUUAGCUUCCAAGUGGCUAAGGGAAUGGAGUUCUUAGCUUCUAAAAACUGUGUGCACCGUGAUCUGGCUGCAAGAAACGUACUGAUCUGCGAAGGGAAACUGGUGAAGAUCUGUGACUUUGGCCUAGCCAGGGACAUCAUGCGGGAUUCAAAUUAUAUUUCCAAAGGAAAUACCUUCUUGCCUUUGAAAUGGAUGGCCCCUGAGAGCAUCUUCAACAACCUCUACACUACCUUAAGUGAUGUAUGGUCUUUUGGGAUUCUUCUAUGGGAAAUAUUCACUCUAGGUGGGACGCCAUAUCCUGAAUUGCCUAUGAAUGAGCAAUUCUAUAAUGCUAUUAAACGUGGCUACCGGAUGUCCAAACCUACCCAUGCCUCCAAUGAAAUCUAUGAAAUUAUGCAGAAAUGCUGGGAAGAGAAGUUUGAGAUCCGACCAUCUUUCUCUCAACUGGUAGUACUUAUGGGGAACCUGCUAACAGACAGUUACAAGAAGAAGUAUCAACAGGUCAAUGAAGAGUUCUUGAAAAGUGAUCACCCUGCUAUUAUGCGUACAAGGCCCAGAAACACAGAAUUCAGUCCUUCUAGGUCCACUGCAAAUGACAGUGUCAGUUCAAGUUCUGUCCUCUAUACAGCUGUGGAGCAGAAUGGAGUGGACAAUGAUUAUAUCAUUCCUUUGCCUGAUCCUAAACCAGAGGGAGACAAUAACCAUCCCCCGGAGGCCUCUAGCAGCAGAGCAAGUUCAACCCUGAAUGAAGCAAACACUUCAUCUACUAUAUCUUGUGACAGUCCUUUAGCCCCCGAGGAAGAAGAACAAGAAAGCAUCUAAAUAGAUUGCUAGGGUUACUAGAGCUCUGUGUUCCUGUAUAUGGUAGUACUGGGGAGUUCCAUCCAGCGGAAGAACGUGCAUAUCCCCCUUUGUUCAGUCACAUCAAAAUACAGUUGCAGCUUGUCCCUCUUUUGUCUGUUACCUAAAACAGAAGCCUGGAAUUAUUGAAAGAGGUCUUUUCUGAGACCAGGAGUAUCAGAGUAGGACCACAGACUAAAUCAGAACAAUUCAAGUCAGUAUUGUGUGUUAAUUGUGGCUUCUGAAUUGGGAUUGUGUUUUUUUUUCAAUCUUCAAUGCAUAAUUUGCUCUUCCAUCACGAUAUGCAUUUGUUCAUCAUUCAUGUUUCCUCCUGCUAAAUCAAAAUGCCAGAAGAAACUCUAUGACAUAUUCUCUUCACUUAAUAGCCACAAUAAUUUCUGGAUGAAACGGUUCUCCCCAUGACAAAUUCACAUUCCACAAGAUCAAGCAAAAGAGUCUACCAAUUUAAAUUGGGACAAACACCUUUUUGAUUCUUGCAACUUUACAUGACCGUUUUUUACCGAAUUUUCUCGGAAAGCCUUUUAAAACAUGUAUCCCUAGAAAGGAUAGAAAAUGGACAGAUGAUCAGGAAAAUCCAAUAUAGAAAUCGCUCAAGACUCAGAAAAGUUUUGUCCAUUGUUUAAGAUUUAUAAUUACUGAACUUCAAACUCAGACAUUUAAGCUGGGGCCUGCCUUUAUUCUUAAGUCCCCCACUUCUUUCAUUACAGCAUUCCAAGGUAAAUGAUUUCAUGAGUUACAGGUACUCAGAUACUGAAGCUGCCCAGGUAGUAGCUAUGGACAGUAAGCUAAAGCAGCAAUUUUUGUGGAAAGAAAUAAUAAUACGGAGUGCAUGGAGACUCAUCUACAGAUUUAGCCAAGGAACCAAAAGGAACAGUCAAUGCUGUAUUUUCAGCAGAUUGCCUUUUCAUUGGAUGAAAUGAAGAGAUUUAAAAGGAAUGCUUGGAUUUAUCCAAGAUCGUAAGAGGAUGAAAAACGGAUCAUACAUUUUUUUUUCUCUUUCUGCUUGUGCACUUUGUAAGCAAAAAGCCUCACUGCCUAAUUGGCAGCCAUAUCUUUGGUUUAUUGCAGAAGGUUAUUAGUAGCCGCCAUUGUAUUCUGCUGAAUCCUAGAGGUAUUCAGUUGCAACAGGUAGAUCUUGGGAAAUGAGGUUGGGACCUAAUUUAGUCUUUGAUGGGACUUUAACAACUAAUACAAAAUCCGAAGGCUGUAGGCUGGUUAGGAAAUUGAAAAACUUUCCGAAGAUGCAAGAAGCUAUUUUAUUGUGACCAGUUAAGCUUCAUUGACAUGCAUUUGUCACUUGCAGCAAUUGGACUUAAUUAUCAUUAUUCAGUCUUUCUGAAGCUGGAGACAGCACUUAAUAACUUUGGGCUGCAAUAUCCACGGCCCAAAAUAACUUCCAGGAUGCUCAAAAGUGGAUCUAUACUCACUAGGCAGAAAAAUCAAGGAGAUGUAGGUCCCUUAGCAGUUCCUAUGUGUCUUACCCUACAUAAAUUGGAGAUCCACCACCCUAGUGCCCUAUCUGUAGUAAUGUGGCACAAUGAUGAGGAUUGCUUUGGCUGUGGCCGCCAUCUUGCCUUUUUUAAUCCAGUGACAAUACCUCAGUACUCCCCAUUGGCUGCUACUUAGGUUUAAUGAACAGAAAGCUGAAAUGCUUUUGCGCAUUUAAUGUGUCCUUUGCUCUGCACAAUGCAAACAUGUAUCCCAGUUUUGCUUCACUCAGAAGCAACCUAUUACAAAAAGGCUUUUUUUUAAAAAGGAUACAAGUGUCUUUUUUCGUACCAGAGGUAGUUCUAAAGUGUCUCAAUAUCCUCAAUAAAAAAAGUAUUUUAUAUGGGUACGUGUAUGUAUGUAUCAUACAGAUAGACAGGAGGGUAUAUAUAGUGAUUAUUUCCCUCUGGUUGAUCUAUUAGCAAUUUCCCAUUUUUGAAAUAAUAUUCAUAUUUACCUCCUUA